AUGAAGGAUCGGACUCAGGAGCUUCGGGCCAGGCAGUUAGCGAAAGACAGCGAUGAUGAGGAGGAGGUGGUCCAUGUGGACCGGGACCACUUCAUGGAUGAGUUCUUUGAACAGGUGGAAGAGAUCCGGGGCUGCAUUGAGAAGCUUUCAGAGGAUGUGGAACAAGUGAAAAAACAGCAUAGUGCCAUCCUGGCCGCCCCCAACCCGGAUGAGAAGACCAAACAGGAGCUGGAGGACCUCACUGCAGACAUCAAGAAGACGGCCAACAAGGUUCGAUCCAAGUUGAAAGCGAUCGAGCAAAGCAUUGAACAGGAGGAGGGGCUGAAUCGUUCCUCUGCGGACCUGCGCAUCCGCAAGACCCAGCACUCCACACUCUCCCGGAAGUUCGUGGAGGUAAUGACUGAAUAUAACGCGACCCAGUCCAAGUACCGGGACCGCUGCAAGGACCGGAUCCAGAGGCAGCUGGAGAUCACUGGAAGGACCACGACCAACGAAGAACUGGAAGACAUGCUGGAGAGUGGGAAGUUGGCCAUCUUCACUGACGAUAUCAAAAUGGACUCACAGAUGACAAAGCAGGCGCUGAAUGAAAUCGAGACGAGGCACAACGAGAUCAUCAAACUGGAAACCAGCAUCCGUGAGCUGCACGACAUGUUUGUGGACAUGGCCAUGCUUGUGGAGAGCCAGGGCGAAAUGAUUGACCGCAUUGAGUACAACGUGGAACAUUCCGUGGACUACGUGGAGCGAGCCGUGUCUGACACCAAGAAAGCUGUGAAAUAUCAGAGCAAGGCCCGGAGGAAGAAAAUCAUGAUCAUCAUUUGCUGUGUGGUGCUGGGGGUGGUCUUGGCGUCAUCCAUUGGGGGGACGCUGGGCUUGUAGGCCCCCCACCCCUGUCCCUCCCAGACCCUUCCCCACCACAUCGGGAGCAAUACCCCCACCACCCCUUCACUCCAUCCCCUGCUCCAGGCUCACCCCCAAGACAGACCCGGGCAGCACCCGCAACCUUUACCGCCCGUCAGACCCUGGAGUCCCUGGACCUCCCCCCGCCAUGGACCACCCCCCGCCCCGCACGUAGAUAGCAGCAGGCGUGAUUACACGUGCACACCAACAUGCAUGCCGCCGGCACAUGCUCGAGACGUGUGGACUCCCCAGCGUGUGUGUGUGUACGUGUGUAGAUGUGUGUAGAAGCACCAAAUCGCCCUUUCUGGCCCCCACCUCAAGUCUGUGUGUUGUCUGAGCUUUCCCCCUUCCCCUGGGUUGUUGUGUAGACUGUGGCUGAGUGUGACACAGCAGCCAUCAAGCCCCACUCUUCUGUGAAUAGGGGUGUGUGUGUGUGUGUGUGUCUGUGUGUGUGUGGCGCCACAGAUCCGUGGACACACAGUUUGCGUACGUGGAAUUUUGUGUUUGAGUGUUUAAAUUCAAUGUAACAGCACCUCCUCCACUGACACCCCCCCUCCCCCAUGUCUGCUACAGAUGGGGCAGGUUGUGAGUGUACAGAGGCUCACACUAACAUUCCCAGAGGAUCCGGGCACAGUACACACACAGGCCAUGACAGACACCCCAGCGUGAUGUUGAGCAAACCCUCCUGGCUUAGUCACCCUGGGGCUGACGUGUCCUGGGGAACACGUGUGUGUGUGUGUGGAGUUCAGUCGAGGCGGGUGGAAGCAUACACAUGUCAAUAACCUAGCUUGGCCUGUAUAUCCAUGUGCAUUUCCCCCAAUAGGUGAUGUGAGGGACGUGUGUGUGUGUGUGUGUGUGUGUGUGUGUGUGUGUCUAGGAUGUGCCUGAAGUGUCAGUAGGUCUUCUCCUGAGACAGAGCCCUCCACAUUUUGCACUGGACACCUGUUUUGGGUGGGCACAGAAAUCUAUAUUUCUACGCUAUCUAGAGUACGCCUGCGCGAGUGUGUGUGUGUGUGUGUGUGUGUGUGUAGAGGAUUUCUACGUAGUGUGUUUCUACCCCCCUGUGUAUUAUACACACACGUUUACCUUCAAGGACCUGUGCCCCAUCCAGGUUUGUCUAUCCAGAUUAUUUGCCCCCUCCCUUUCUUCCCAGAGCUGCUGGCCGCUAUCUGGUGUGGCCACACACUGCUACAUCAACAUUGUGCAACUGCAGCUUCCUGCCCUGCGUGGUUGGAUCCCCUGUGCAUACAUGCCCACGUGCUUAUCUUUCUCGGUCAGAUAGGCCUGCACAUGUGGAAGCUGGGACACCUCAGUGUGCUCCCACCCGCCACGGCAGAUGAGGCCACACCCAGGCACACACAUGCACACAGGAGCUGGCAUAUGCUGACGCUGGCACGGUGCCUGUUCAGGCGGGCACUCGUUUGCACAUGAAUGCCUCCCAGAAGGGCUAUUGAUGGGAAACAUUACUGAUCACUGGAAUGUCAAGGGCUGCCCCAGGCUCUCAGAAAUGAGAACAUUCUUGAGCACUAACCUCAGAACUGAGAGAGGCCAGCGAUGGUCCCCACCGCCCCAUCUGAUGCUCUGGCCUUUGCCUCAGGAAACUUGGAUUUAGGGAACUGUUUAUUUCCGACGUACUGGAGUGGGCUAAGUCCUGGGGCCCAUGCCCUGGACACAUCUCCUGCUGAAAUGUCACCAAUAGCUGUUCCCCUGCAGGCUGAGACUGAGGGUGGGACACGGGCCUGAGUUUCUGAUGGUGAGGAAGAGGCCAGCUCCUCCCUUGCUGCGUAGACAACAUAUGCAUGAGUGGGUUUGUGCGUUGGGUGGCAGGUGGGAGGUAUGUGGGCAAAGGACAGUGUUAGAAGCCUCCCACUCCACUGGCCCAGGAACACGGACCCACAUAUACAGGAUUGAACACACAAGUACAGGAAUGCGCCCUGCCUUGGGGUCCGACAUCCGUGUGCACAGGGUGGAGGGCUUUGGUGUGUGUGCAGAUCGUUUCCUGGAGUCCCUCUUCAUGUGAAGCGUGUAUGUGUGAGAGAGAGACAGUGCAGAUGUGACCUUCUGGAACAUAGUACCCCACUCCCACCCCAGCUCAGAUAGCCAACCUCUUCCCUACCUGGCUGGGCCCUGCCUGUGUGUGGCCAAUAUAUAUAUAUAUGUAUGUAACCUCCAAGGUGGGCUGUCCAUUCCCACAGUGUCCUUUGUCAGGACGGGAAGUGUGCCCCCGUAUCUGACUGCAGCCCUCCUGCUCCCACUCAGGCUUCUUUGGGGACGUCAGAGCAGGCCCCAGCACCCCCCACCCCAGCCUUUUUCCUUCCUGCCGUCCAGCCAGGAUACCCUUUCAUACCAGGCAUUUCUGGAAUUCCAGCAGCCUUGGGGCCACAAGGAGAAGGGUGGAGCCUUGGCUGGAGUGGUGUGACUGUCUCCUUGACUGGUAUUAGGCCCAUAGCUGCCCAUCUCUGGGCCUCAGAUGGACCAGAGCAUCCCUGAGGGUCUGUUCUGCCCCAGCUUCUCUUAAGUCCCACACAUCACAUGAUGUGUUUGCUUGUUGGCUGCCGUGUCUGUAUGUGUCCUGGAAUGUUGUCUGGGGGCUGGUGUCUUUUGCAUGUUCUCAGACAAGUGUGUGCUGCCCGCCCGCCAAGCACCUACAACCAUCAAGCCCCUGUGUGCCCCGUGGGUGGUCCCGGACCUGGCCAGGGCUCGCUGCUUCCCCUCCCCCUUUCUCCCUCCCCCUGCCUCUCACGAAGCACACUGCGUGUCCGUCCCAUGUGCCUGUGGGUUGAUGCACGCUCUUGCCACGCCUCGAGCGUGCGUACAUGAUGUGUUCUAUGCAUUCACCCUGCCCCACCCCCAGCCUGCCCCGCAGAGGACAAGAUGGGUGGCCCCCGGCUCCCUCCUCCCCCACCCCCGCCUGCUGUGCAGCCGUGUGCGUUGGCGUUUCUGUGUCGCUGGCGUGUCACGUGAUAUAGCCGUGUUUGCUGACAUGAGCCCCUGCCCCUUCUGUUUCUCCGUUGGUUUCUAGAGCUCUUUCCCUCUCCUCCCCAGAGGGAACAGGACUCCUGGGGCCUGGCUGGGGGCCCAGAGCCAGGCCACCCUCUCCUGUUAGCCCUCAGAGUCCCAUUUCUCUCUAUUGGUGACCAAGUUGCAAAUGGAUAAAACACAGGAAAAUUCUGCCCCCCUCCCAGCCCUGCAUGUCCUGUCCCCAGAGCCCCUCACCCCCACCCCGGGCCGGGUCGGGCCCCGUGGGACGGGAGAAAUAGCAACCAAUCCAACAGCGGGCGUGCCGUGUGCUCACUUCC